AUGGUUGGAUUCUUUGAUAAGAAGGCCUUCCAGAGCAGGGGCAUAAUGAUGUCCACAGAGUGCCAGGCUCGCUGCAGCACCAGCCCCUUCGGGAAUGUGGUGGGGGCCUGUGUCAUCUACAGCCACAUGGCACUGAAGGUUAUCAGGUUCUUCCAGCUGGAGGCGCUCUACCCGCUCUUUGUGUCCACAUCAUCCAUCUGGUCCAGGACCCCCGAGCCAUCUAUGCCUCUCGCCUCUCACCUCUCACCCAACACCUAUCUGGUCAUGUUUAAAGACUGCCACAGCCAGGACAGCAUGUACAUGGCCGCAGUGCACUGCCCACCUCCUGCCCUGUGUACUAAAAUUGAGCACUUCUUCUGCGAGGUGCCGGCACUCCUCAAACUGGCAUGUGUCGACACCUCUGCCAAUGAGGCCGAACUCCUCGCCAGCUCAGUGAUUUUCCUUCUAGUUCCACUGGGCUUCAUCCUGAUAACCUACGGCUACAUUGGCGCCGCCGUGCUGAAGAUUCGUUCAGCAAAAGGCAGGCUGAAGGCCUUCAACACCUGUGCCUCCCACCUGGCCGUGGUGUCGAUCUUUUAUGAUACGGCCAUUUCCACGUAUCUACAGCCUCCAUCCAGGUACUCCCAGCACCGGGACAAGAUAGUAGCCCUCUUCUACACCAUGGUGACCCCCAUGCUCAACCCCCUCAUCUACACGCUGAGGAACAAAGAGGUGCACAGGGCGCUGCAGAGGGCACUGAGGAGAAACAUGACUGCCCAGGGGGUCUGA